UUCGGUUUCGGUUUCAGUUCCAGUACGCGAAUCAUACGGCAAGGAUGCAACGUGCGCGUGGCAUCUCCUACGAAUCCUAGAGUCCAGAGAACCCAGAGGCAGCAGCAGCAGCAGGAGAGGCAGCAGGCAGUGGCAGACACUCUUACAUUGUGCCACAUUUAAAAUUGAACUAAAGAGUGCCACAAACGGAGGCACAACGAAGGCGAAGGCGAAUUCGAAUGCGAAUGCGAAUCCGAGGGCCAAAAGCCGUUUAAUAACUAAAUCCCUUGGAGGCGCCGCUGGUCACGUCUCUGGGCGGACAGUCGGACAGGCGGACAGGCGGGCGGGCAGGCGGGCAGACGGAUACACAAAAUGAGACUUGGAGAAGUCCCUCCCCGGCUUCACCCGCUCCUGCGACCAUCGUCCUCCGCCUCUGCCUCCUCCCUCGCGUGUGUGUGGCAGUGAGACGUGUACGUGUGUCCGUGUGGCAGUGUGGCAGUGUGCGGGCUACCUAUAGGGCUGGCUGUGCCACCUAAUGUGGCAACAACAUAUACACACCGCAUCCCACAUUCCACGUCGCUGGGAAUAUAAUAAUACAAAAGCCCUCGUCGUCCUCGUCCUUGUCGCUGUCGUCGCCGUCGGUUGUCCUGUCGGUGCGUGUCCAUGUCCCUGCCACAUGCCACAUGGCUGUGGGUGCCUGUCGCCCCCGUGUGUGACUCCUAAACGGAAAUAUUUCCCAAAUCCGUGGCGUUAUUAACCCACGAAAGACCCAAAAAUAAACCAAACAAAAAGGAGAAAGGACUCCCCGGAUUUGAUUGACAGAUUGACUGAUUGACUGAAUGAAGGCAACAGUUGUGUUGAGUGGCAGUGUGGCAGUGUUUGGGCCGCGUCUCCGUCGAUUCGUCGAUCCGUGAAUUCUGUUUCGUUGGCUAAUUAUUGCGCAUUGCGCAAUCGAUUCGAUUCCUGGCUAAAAACCCAAAAAGAAUAAGCCAGAAGGAGCCAAAGGGAGCCGAAAGGAGCCAGAAGGAACCCAAAGGAGCCAAAGGAGCCACAGGAGCCGCAGGACUACAGGCAGGAGAGGGUCUCCCCCCCCCCCGAUGAUGAUGACGUUGAUGUCAUUUGGAAGUCAUUUCGAGAAGAGAAGCCAUUAUUAAACCUUAAAAUCGUAAAGCAGACGAAGGAAAAAGGACAAACCACAUCCGCAGAGGGAAUCCAUCAGCGGGAAAAGAGAACCGUGUCGAGAAUAUGUCGUCGGAGGAGUACCAGAGACCGAUGAAGAUGAAAACGGGGAUUAGCUGUGUGCCGCUGUGGCUGUGGCAGCUGUUGCUGCUCCUGCUCCUGGACUGCGGCAACAUGGCGGUGUUCGGCGAGGUGCCUCCGCACUACUGGGAGACGCCGUACUCGCAGCCGUACUUCGACAACUCCUCGCGGCGCGAGGUCACUGCCACCGUGGGCCAGGCGGCGCUCCUCCAUUGUCGGGUCCGGAAUCUGGGCGAUCGAGCGGUCUCUUGGAUUCGCAAGCGGGACCUGCACAUCCUCACGGUGGGGAUACUGACGUACACGAAUGACCAGCGCUUCCAGUCGCUGCACUCCGAGGGCUCCGACGAGUGGACGCUGCGCAUAUCCUCGCCGCAGCCGAGGGACUCGGGCACAUACGAGUGCCAGGUGUCGACGGAGCCGAAGAUCAGCCAGGGCUUUCGCCUGAACGUCGUGGUGUCGCGGGCCAAGAUCCUGGGCAACGCGGAGCUGUUCAUCAAGAGCGGCAGCGACAUCAAUCUCACGUGCCUCGCGAUGCAGUCGCCGGUGCCGCCGUCGUUCAUCUACUGGUACAAGGGCAAGCGGGUGAUGAAUUACUCGCAACGCGGUGGCAUCAACGUCAUCACAGAGCGCUCGACGCGCACCAGCAAGCUGCUCAUCGCCAAGGCGACUCCGGCGGACUCCGGCAACUACACGUGCUCCCCGAGCAGCUCAGACUCGGCCUCCGUGGUGGUGCACGUCAUCAACGGGGAGCAUCCGGCGGCCAUGCAACAUGGCAACAGCAGCGCCAGCUGCCUCCUGCGCCGCCUCCGCCACACAUCAGCAGUGCCUUUGCCUUUGCCACUGGUCGCCAUCGCCAUCGCGACGAUGUGGCUGUCGGCGGCGGCUGUCACCUGCAACUGGAGCAACAUUGCCGCAGGCCUCCUGAAUGUCUGCACUUGGAGCUGAUGCAACAGCCAGAGCGCCAGAGGAAGCAGCAGCAGCAACAUCCAGAGCAGAAGCUGCCACAUGACUGCAUCGCCUGCUCCUCCUCCUCCUUUUGUGGCUCCUUAAGGAAUGCAUUUAAUGCGGAGAGACAGAGGACUCGCAGGAGACAGAGAGCGACGUUUAUUACGAACUACAGUGUACAUACAGCGUGUCCUUUAAACGAAGAGUAUUAUCUAUAAGACAUACAUAUAUAGGAUAUCCCCAACCCCAACCCCCCCUCCCCCAGCCCCAGCCCCAGGCCCUGGCCCAGAAGCAGGUGGCGGUUGGCAGUAUUACGAUGAAACUUUUAGCCAGGAAAAACAAAAGACAGAAGGGAGUCCUCUAGGAAAUGCACGCUUUUGAGAGGUUCCUGCUGCGAAGGGGGAGGACU